AUGACAGACAAACUGCCCCCUGACCUACUUCAGCUCUUCCAACCACGACCACCAGUCAAAUACUACGCUCCCCUCGAUAAUGCCCCGGAAGAGAAGGCGUCAAAACCAUCUACGAUCACAGGUCUUGCUGCCUUCCUCGGCGAAGUCGAGAAUUACGCGGAAGAGUACGAAUAUCAACCUACAGAAUCAUGGCUACAGAAACGCGACCGCGUCCGAGCAGAGAAGAAGCAACGCAUCGAAGAUAUGUCAAAGGAUGAUUUCGAUGGCUUCAAGCCAGCGCAAGAUCCCAAGGUCAAAGGAGAUGCUCUGAAAACACUGUUCGUGAGCAGGUUGAGCUACGAUGUUAAAGAGCAAGACCUCGAACGCGAGUUCGGCAGAUUCGGACCAAUUGAGAGAAUACGUAUCGUCAAAGACGAUGCUACAUCAAAGCCGAAAAAGGCGCACAGAGGCUAUGCUUUCAUUGUGUAUGAACGCGAACGAGAUAUGAAAGCUGCAUACAAGGACACAGAUGGUCUACGUAUCAAAGACCGUAAAGUAGUUGUCGAUGUAGAGCGUGGCCGGAUGGUACCAGGCUGGCGUCCACGUCGCUUCGGAGGUGGCCUAGGAGGUCGUGGAUAUACUCGAGCUCCUCCUCCUAGGCCGCAAUUCGGUGGACCGGGAAACUUCGGCGGUCCUGGUGGCUUCCGUGGCGGCUUUGGUGGUGGUCGCGGUGGUGGCGGCUUCCGAGGAGGUUUCCAAGGUAAUGAUCGUGGUGGCUUUGGUGGCAGAGGCAGAGGCGGAAUUGGCUAUCAAGAUCGUGGCGGCUUUGGUGGGCGACAAGGUGGCUUCAAUCAAGGUCCUCCACCCGCCAAUGCUCCCAGUGGUCCAGGUGGUCGUUCUGGUGGGUAUGGCGGCGGCGGCAGCUCCGGCUACGAUGAUCGACGCAAUGGCUACGGAGGCGGUGGCUCAGCUGGUGCUGGCGGCAGCAGUGGUGGAGGUGGUGGGUAUGGUAGGGACCGCGGCAUAACUGGCAGCAACAGAGAGCCCGUCGCCAGCAGAGAUCGAGGCUACGACGACCGCGAUCGAGACCGAAGACGCGAUGACGACUACGGCGGAAGCUCCAGAAAGCGACACCACGAUAACGACUACGAUGAUCCGAGACAACGCCGUCGUUAUUGA